UCUCGCUCUCUCUCUCUCUCUCUCUCUCUCUCUCUCUCUCUCUCUCUCUCUCUCUCUCUCUCUCGAGCGACCCAGCUCUAUCUCUCCCGCCAGACAUGCCUCUGCACCACCUGCGGAUCGCGCGUCUCUCCGGCGCGUGAAUGGCCCUCGCGCCAUGGACGAAUUGCCGUUCCAGAAAGUCAAGACCCGGCGCCGGAGGAGCCACUGCCCGCCCGGGGUCAUCGCGUGCGAGGACGAGUUCGACUGCAAGGAGCUCGAGUCGCUCUUCCACAACUACAACCUGAAGCUGGAGCAGGCGUCCACGCUGAAGGCGCUGUGCGUGCUCCUCCUGCUGUCCUCCGGGCUCAGUCUGCUGGAGCUGCUGCUGUCCGGCGCCGGCCUCAGCGUCGCCAAGUGCUCCUACCCCGUGCACUGCGUCGUCUUCAUCGCGCUCUUCAUCGUCAGCAACGUCAAGUACCUGCAGGUGCCCCAGCUGCAGCAGAUCGCGCACCUGAGCCUGUUCUUCAGCCUCACCUUCGCGCUGCUGUGCUGCCCGUUCCCGCACGCGUCGGUCGCGUCGGGCGCCGCCGGUCCGGAGCAGGGCGUGUGGCCGCUGCUGCUGCUGACGUUCGUGGCGUACGCGUUGCUGCCCGUGCGGACGCUGCUGGCGCUGCUCUUCGGGCUGCUGGUGUCCGUGUCGCACACGGUGGUCGCGGCCGCGUCGGUGACGGUGAAGACGCAACGCCUGUGGAGAGCGCUGGUGGCGAACACACUCCUCUUCACCAGUGUGAAUCUGUCCGGUCUGUUCGUACGCAUCCUGACGGAGCGAGCACAGCGGAAAGCCUUUCUCCAGGCCCGAAACUGCAUCGAGGAGCGACUGCGCAUGGAGGACGAGAACGAGAAGCAGGAGCGUCUGUUGAUGAGUCUUCUGCCCAGGAACGUGGCGAUGGAGAUGAAGGAGGACUUCCUCAAGCCACCCGAGAGGAUCUUCCACAAGAUUUACAUCCAGCGGCACGACAACGUCAGCAUCUUGUUUGCGGAUAUCGUGGGCUUCACGAGUCUGGCGUCGCAGUGCACGGCGCAGGAGCUGGUCAAACUGCUCAACGAGCUCUUCGGGAAGUUCGACGAGCUGGCCACGGAGAACCACUGCAGGCGGAUCAAGAUUCUGGGCGACUGCUACUACUGUGUGUCUGGACUGACCCAGCCCAAAACUGACCACGCUCACUGCUGCGUGGAGAUGGGCCUGGACAUGAUCGACACCAUCACGUCGGUGGCCGAGGCCACAGAGGUGGACCUGAACAUGCGUGUGGGUCUGCACACGGGACGCGUGCUCUGUGGCGUGCUGGGCCUCAGGAAGUGGCAGUAUGACGUGUGGUCCAAUGACGUGACGCUGGCCAACAUGAUGGAGGCUGGCGGACUGCCGGGGAAGGUGCACAUCACACGCUCGACACUGGAGUGUCUGAAUGGAGAUUAUGAGGUGGAGCCGGGAAACGGGCGUGAGAGACACGAGUUCCUGCUCAAACACGACAUCGAGACCUUCUUCAUAGUGCCAUCUCACCGCAGGAAGAUUUUUCCUGGUCUGAUCCUAUCAGACAUCAAACCUGCCAAAAAGAUGAAGUUCAAGACCGUGUGUUACUUACUAGUGCAGCUCAUGCACUGCCGCAAGAUGUUCAAGGCUGAGAUCCCCUUCUCCAACGUCAUGAACUGUGAGGACGGGGACAAGAGGAGGGUUCUCCGCUCUGCACCGGAGAAGCUAAGGAACCGCACAUCGACGGCGGCCAGCGCCGCGCAGAGCAGCCCGGGGACACGCGUCAACCGCUACAUCAGCCGUCUGAUCGAGGCCCGGCAGACGGAGUCCGACACGGCUGACCUGAACUACCUCACGCUCAUGUACAGAGACUCUGAAAGAGAGCACCGGUAUCACCAGCUGAAUGACGAGUACUUCACCGGCGCUGUCGUUCUGUCUCUCGUCCUUGCUGCUCUGUUCGGCGUCCUCUACCUUCUCAUCACACCACAGGGGACUGUUGUGCUGGUGUUGCUGGUCUUCUGCAUCUGCUUUCUAGUCGUGUGUAUCAUGUACCUGCACAUCACGAGAGUUCAGUGUUUUCCAGGGUGCCUCACCAUACAGAUCCGGACCGUUCUGUGUGUGUUCAUAGUGCUCUUAAUAUACGCUGUGGCUCAGGCCUGUGUGGUGGGAUGUUUGCCAUGGCUUUGGCCUGCUAACUCCACACGCUCCAUCGUGAUCAUUGACCCGGCCGGAGGGCUGAACCGCACCAUGGCCGAGCUGCCAUGUGAAGGCGCCCAGUACGCCUUCCUAUCCUGCAUAGUGGGCACGCUGACCAUGGCGCUGUUCCUGCGAGUGUCCUGGCUGCCCAAAAUGAUCCUGUUACUGCUGAUGGUGGUGCUGUACAUCACCGUCCUGGAGCUCAGCGGAUUGAGACGCUCUUCAGGUUGGGGCUGGCUGAGUGUUCGUGGUCUGGAGCCCAUCGUCUCUCUGCUGCUCUUCUCCACCGCUCUGGCCCUUCACUCCAGACAGAUGGACCUCAAACUGCGGCUCGACUUCCUCUGGGCCACUCAGGCCGAGGAGGAGAGAGACGGCAUGGAGAAAGUCAAACUGGACAACAAGAGGAUUCUCUUCAACCUGCUGCCGGCUCACGUGGCUCAACACUUCCUACUGUCCAACCCCAGAAACAUGGAUCUUUAUUACCAGUCCUAUGCUCAGGUGGGAGUGCUGUUUGCCUCCAUUCCCAACUUCAAUGACUUCUAUAUCGAGCUGGAUGGAAACAACAUGGGCGUCGAGUGUCUGCGACUGCUCAACGAGAUCAUCGCGGACUUCGACGAGCUCAUGGACAAAGAGUGCUACAAGGACAUCGAGAAGAUCAAGACCAUCGGCAGCACAUACAUGGCAGCGGUGGGGCUGGUGCCCACCAUUGGCACCAAGGCGAAGAAAUCCACUGCUGCCCACUUGAGCACCAUAGCAGACUAUGCCAUUGAAAUGUUUGACGUUCUGGAUGAAAUCAACUAUCAGUCAUAUAAUGAUUUUGUCUUGAGAGUGGGUAUUAACGUGGGUCCAGUGGUAGCGGGGGUGAUCGGGGCUCGACGGCCACAGUACGACAUCUGGGGGAACACGGUGAACGUGGCCAGCCGAAUGGACAGCACUGGCGUCCCGGGGAAGAUCCAGGUGACGGAUGACGUCUACCGGCAGCUUCAGAACGACUAUGAUCUGGUGUGUCGUGGCAAUGUCAGCGUGAAGGGCAAAGGUCAGAUGCUCACGUACUUCCUGGAGGGCAAAGCGCAGGACGCGGGCAUCCGAGCGCCCCAUCACACCGGCGGCCUGGAGCGCAGGGUCCACGCCAUCGCCCGCACCAGCAGCACGCAGACCAAGGCCGGCAGCAACUCGUCCGUGGCCUCGGGCUUCGCCGCCAGGCUCGGCAUGAGCAGCACUGCAGGGACACACGCGCCCAGCUCCAAUGUGCCUUCAGUCGGAGAAGAGGAGGAGACCAAAGAGGAGGAGGUGUAG